AUGGGGAUCCUGCCAGGCUGGGGCUGGCUCUUUCUCCCAGUUUGCCAGGCCCUGGUGGUCCCCAGGGAGGUCAGUGGCCAGAUAGGGGAGACGCUUUCCCUCCGCUGCUGGUACCCCCGGGGCUAUGAGAGCUACAACAAGUACUGGUGCCGGGGAGCCAGCCGGGACUCCUGCCGCAAAGUGGUGGAGACGGCGGGCAGGGAAGUGCCCCGGCAGCACGGCCGGGUCUCCAUCCAGGACAGCUACAUCUUCUGCGUGGUCCUGCUCACUGUGGAGAACCUCUCCAAGGAGGAUGCUGGGAGUUACUGGUGUGGGGUCGAGAAGACAGGCAGGGACAUGAUGGAGCCAGUGACAGUGAAGGUGAUCCCAGCAGUGACCUGGGAAGAGGCAGCAAUGCAGAACAAAUUCCCUGGGACCCUGUACAAACUAGUGACAGAGAAGCAAAACAGCAGCCUUGGGAGGGAGAAAACGAGCUCCUCUCCCCUCACCUCCAGUCCUGGGGGGCCAGCCAUGAGCACCCUGGUGCCCAGCGUGGUCCUGCUCUCCCUCCUGGCUGCUGCCGGCUCCACCGGGCUCCUCUGCACCCUGCGCAGGAGGAGGGAAGGUAACGCUGCCCGUGCGUGCCCCAUCCCAGGCACACCCCGGUGCCCAUCCCAGGACCUGGGGGACAAACCCACCCUGGGCACGGGGCUGUGGGCAGCUUCCCCCUCCCAGCGACCCAGAAAACCUGCACCCACGUCGCUGCCCCCUGGCAACAAAGCCCCGGGUGUCACCACGGAGCCGGACCACAGCCCCAUCUAUGACAACAAGCUGGACCUGGCCGAGGGUGGCCGCAGUGACAUGGAGCAGGACCCCAAGCUGGAGGAUGACAAUAUCUACACGAACACCCUGUGUCAGGAGGAGGUGACAGGAGUGACCGGCCAACAUUCUCCAAGGGAAGAGGUUUCCUACUUGUUCUAG